CCCACCACCACAGUAGUACUGAACACAACUCUCCCCCUCCUCUCCUUUUCUCUCUCCCUCUCUCUGUCUUCAACCUCCAGAAAUGGCGACGGCGACGGCGGCGGCGGCGGCGACUGCGACGGCGACGACGAAGGCCUCUCGCUCCGCCGCGCGCCCCUAGCCGUUCCCGAGCCUCCCUCCCUCCCUCCUUCCCUCCUCCUGCCUUUCUCGCCGGCGUCUCGCGAUGGCUGCUCCUCCGCUCCCUCACCGCCUCCUCCUCCUCCUCCUCCUCGUCGCCGCGGCGGCGCUCUCCGUGCCGCCCCCGGCGCGCGCCGCCCGGAGCGCCGAGGCCGUCGCCGAAAUCGAGUCCCUCACCUCCUUCAAGCUCGACCUCCACGACCCGCUCGGCGCGCUCGACGGCUGGGAUCCGUCCACCCCGUCCGCCCCCUGCGACUGGCGCGGCGUCGCCUGCGCCGCCGGCCGGGUCACCGAGCUCCGUCUCCCGCGGCUCCAGCUCGCCGGCCGGCUCACCGACCGCAUUUCCGGCCUCGCCAUGCUGAGCAAGCUCAGCCUCAGGUCCAACGCCUUCAACGGGAGCAUCCCCGCCUCCCUCGCCAAAUGCAGCCGCCUGACCGCCGUCUUCCUGCAGUACAACUCGUUCUCCGGCGACCUCCCGCCGGAGAUGGCGAACCUCACGGAUCUCCACGUCCUGAACCUGGCGCAGAACCGCCUCUCCGGCGAGAUAGCCGGCGGCCUCCCUGUCAACCUCCGGUACCUCGAUCUCUCCUCCAACUCCUUCUCCGGUGACAUUCCUCGGGGCCUAUCCAACUUGUCUCAGUUGAAGCUCAUCAAUCUCUCGUACAACAACUUCACCGGCGAGAUUCCCGCACUGUUCGGGGAGCUCCAGGAGUUGGAGUAUCUCUGGCUCGAUUACAAUCUCCUGGACGGAACUUUGCCCUCGGCGAUCGCUAAUUGCUCUUCGCUCGUGCAUUUGAGCGCCGAGGGGAAUGCGCUCAGCGGAGUGAUACCUUCGGCCAUUGGCGCCCUCCAGAUGCUCCAGGUGGUCGCGCUCUCACGGAAUAAUCUCUCCGGCUCAGUGCCGGCUUCACUGUUCUGCAACGUGUCAGGUAACUCGCCGUCUCUUAGAAUCGUUCAACUCGGCUUUAAUUGGCUCACGGACAUCAUUGGUCCCAAGACCAUGGCGUGUUUCGGCGUCUUGCAAGUUUUGGAUCUCCAGGAGAAUUUAAUAAGGGGCACGUUUCCUUCGUGGUUAACCAGUGUGUCCACUUUGACUGCGUUAGAUUUUUCGAGGAACUUGCUUUCUGGUCCCCUUCCUGGUGAGAUUGGAAAUUUGUAUAGAUUGGAGGACCUGAGGUUGGGGAAUAACUCUUUUAGUGGAGCCAUUCCCAUCGAGAUCCGAAACUGUAGUUCUUUGCAGGUGCUCAAUCUCGAAGGGAAUAGACUUGCUGGGGAGGUUCCUGGAUUUUUAGGCGAAUUCAGGGGUUUGAAAGUUUUGUCUCUUGGAGGUAAUCUGUUCUCGGGGUUAGUUCCCGCUGGCAUCAGUAAUCUCUCGGGGCUUGAAACUUUGAAUUUAAGGGGCAACAGCUUCACCGGUACUCUGCCAGAGCAGAUGAUGGGGAUGAGCAACUUGACUACAUUGGACCUGAGUGGAAAUAGAUUCUCAGGUCAGGUGCCUGCAAAUAUUGGGAACUUGAGCAGAUUAGUGGUCUUGAACAUGAGCGACAACGAUCUUUCGGGGUCGAUUCCAGUUGGUUUGGGCAAUCUUUUUAAGCUGACGACCCUCGAUUUGAGCAAGCAGAAUUUGUCUGGUGAGUUGCCACUUGAGCUUGCUGGUUUGCCGAGUUUGCAGGUCGUUGCUCUGCAGGAGAACAACUUAUCUGGUGAUGUUCCUGAAGGGUUUAGUAGUUUGGUGGGUUUGCGUUACUUGAACCUCAGUUCCAAUUUCUUUUCUGGUCAGCUUCCUUUGACGUUUGGGUUCCUUCGGUCACUGGUGGUUCUCUCGUUGUCGGGGAACCGGAUUUCUGGUUUGAUCCCACCGGAGCUAGGAAAUUCCUCUGACCUUGAAGUUCUUGAGCUCAGAGCAAAUUCUUUUUCUGGUCAUAUUCCCUCUGAUCUCUCUCAGUUGUCACAUCUGAAGAUACUCGAUUUAGGGAGAAACAACCUGUCUGGCGAAAUCCCGAAAGAGCUCUCAAAGUGCUCAUCGUUGACUUCUUUGUCUCUGGACUCAAACCAUCUUUCCGGCGGCAUUCCUGACUCGUUGACAGAGCUAUCGGACCUGCAAAAGUUGGAUCUCUCCAACAACAGCUUAGAUGGGAAAAUCCCUGCCAAUUUUACGCAGAUAUCUGGCUUGUCAAGUUUCAACAUAUCGGGGAAUAAUCUUGAAGGCGAGAUUCCUACAAUGCUUGGUUCUCGAUUCAACAAUUCUUCGGCAUUUGCCAAUAAUCAGAACUUGUGUGGUAAGCCGCUGCAAAAGAAGUGCCAGGACUCAACUGCGAGGAAUAGGAGGAAGAAGUUGAUCCUGUUAAUUGCUGUGGUCGCAUCUGGAGCUUGCCUUCUAACCUUAUUUUGCUGCUUCUACAUCUACAGCCUCUUGAGAUGGCGCAAGAGGCUGAAAGAAAAGGCAGCCGGUGAGAAGAAAACCAGUCCAGGCAGGGCAAGUUCUAGAUCAAGCGGAGGGCGUGGAAGCACUGAUAAUGGAGCUCUGAAGCUCGUCAUGUUCAACAACAAAAUCACCCUUGCAGAAACAAUUGAAUCUACUAGGCAGUUUGACGAAGAGAAUGUAUUAGCCAGGACACGGUAUGGAUUGGUUUUCAAGGCCUGCUUUAAUGAUGGGAUGGUGCUGUCAAUCCGAAGACUACCUGAUGGAUCGCUUGAUGAGAACAUGUUCAGGAAAGAAUCCGAAGCACUCGGCAGAGUGAAGCACAGAAAUUUGACGGUUCUUCGCGGCUACUAUGCAGGGGCACCCGACUUGAGGCUUCUGGUCUACGACUACAUGCCCAAUGGAAACCUGGCCACGCUCCUCCAAGAAGCAUCCCACCAAGAUGGCCACGUCCUCAAUUGGCCAAUGCGCCAUCUGAUCGCCCUGGGAAUUGCCCGUGGAUUAGCGUUUCUCCACUCUUGCUCGAUGGUUCACGGGGAUGUGAAGCCCCAGAAUGUGCUCUUCGAUGCCGAUUUCGAAGCCCAUCUCUCAGAUUUUGGCCUUGAACGGCUAACUGUCGCAGCUCCUGCUGAAACCUCCACUUCUACUGCAGUCGGCACGCUGGGUUAUGUAUCGCCGGAAGCUGUACUUACUGGGGAAAUUACCAAGGAAUCUGACGUCUACAGCUUCGGCAUUGUGCUGCUCGAGCUGCUGACGGGGAAGAGGCCAGUGAUGUUCACGCAAGACGAAGACAUUGUGAAGUGGGUCAAGAAACAGCUCCAGAAGGGCCAGAUCACGGAGCUGCUCGAGCCAGGGCUGCUCGAGCUUGACCCGGAAUCCUCCGAGUGGGAGGAGUUCCUGCUAGGAGUAAAGGUCGGGCUGCUCUGCAACCCCGACCCGCUUGGCCGGCCCACCAUGUCCGACGUGGUUUUCAUGCUCGAAGGCUGCCGAGUUGGACCCGACAUCCCCUCGUCGGCCGACCCGACAUCCCAGCACUCGCCGGCAUGACCCGAAAUCAUCCAUUAACAUCCUCCCACUUUUUCCAUCUAAUUUUUUUUUUAGAAUGUAACAGUGACGGUAGCCGAUUUUUUUUCCUUCUUUUUUUCUUUUGUGGAAAAUUAUUCCCGGGUGUUUCUGUAGCCUUUUAUUAUUUGACGCUUUUGCCAUCUCGCGCUCGUUUCACUCCAUUGGGCGAUUCUGGUGCUGGCCUUGGAGUUUGCAGGGGCGGGUCCCAUCAGGAGGAGGAGAAAAAAAAAAAGUCAGCACGUGCCGGUCAACUAUUCGGGCUGGCCGGGGGGUGGUGGGGCCCCCACGUGACGGCAGCAGGCUCCCGCCAAACCCUGAGCGGGAGGGCUGCAGUCACGUGGCUCGAGCUCCGAGCUUCAGAGGAAAAUGUAGCCGUUACUGCAGUGGGCCCCCGGCGUGGAUUAAAAGAACUGUCCCUUUCCCCAGAAAGAGAGCCGCUGGCACAGCUCGAUGGAGCCUCCCCCCCUUCUCCGGCCGCCACGUGGGCGCGUCUGUUUGCCCCUAAUGUGUUUUUUUGUGCCCGGGGGCGAUGAUGGGCCCAGGACUUCUGGGCCCUCGCCGGGCCCAGCGAUGGUGUGAAGUCAGAGCAGAGGGGGAGGGAGCUAAUGUUGGCAGGAGACGACGGCAGAUGGCGCGCCCCCACCACCUCAAUUCAUUUUGAACUUUUUGUGGGGGCCAUCAUCUCUUUCUUUCUUAUUUUAUUUGGGUUGUUUGGUUGAUAAUUUCUUUUUUUUCUUUUCAUUUUUAUUCCCUGAAAAUUUGCCCCCAGUUGUUAGCAAAUCAGCGGUAGACGUCAUCGAUC